UCUGUGGGUUAGUAAGCUCAGAUAAGAGAUACGGCAGCUAGUUUGUGAGAUGACCAACUAAACUGAACUAAAACAAGACUUCCCUCAUCUCACAAUCACAUAUCUUCCGCUUUCUCUCUUUUGAUUUCCAAACUCUCCCUCACAUCCUGUCUCCUUUUUCUUUCUCUUUUCUUAUCAAACACACAAGGUCUGCAGCAACGGAUGAGGAACAUCGUCUGCGUGCGCGCGCGCGCCAACUGUCUGUGCUCUUGUUAUGUGUGUGUGUGUGUGUGUGUGUGUGUGCAGUGCGCGCACACAUGUGCCUCUCUCAGUGAUGUGAGAAAUCAAGAGGGACAUAUCUCUUAAGCCUCCUUGUGGUGGGAUUUCAAUUUGACGCAAAACGUAGCGCGCAUCUUCGCUCUCACACACUCUCCUUGCAUGUGUGUGCGCGUGAGCGUGUCCGCUCGCUGCAGCUCCGGCGUUGGGCAGACCCUCUCACUGCUGCACUUCAGCCAAUGUGGAACAACUCGUCUGCAGCCGGCCGCCUCGCAUGGCUCCUAAAGAAACGGAUAUGCCCCAGUGCCACGGGAGACUGACGCCUUCACUGUCUUCCUCUCCUCCGCUAAUGGUCCUCUUAGGGAGUUAUGGUCAGUAAGGAGGCAGGCCGCUGCACUCUGUCAAGCUCAGAGUCUGACUCGGAGUCUGGCGGGCCUUCGCUGGAACGAGGCGGAGCAGACGCGGUACGCAAGCGAAACAAAGCCCUGCAGGUGCGUUUUAAAGACAUCUGCGAGGCGCAGAAUGAGGCCGCCCACCGAGGUGCCAGGGACCGCUCUGUUUCCUGCAAGGUCAUCCACCGGAGGUACAUGACCAUGCCGGCACGCCGUUCCAUCCCGAAUGUCACCAAAAGCACGGGUGUGCAAACCUCGCCCGACUUGAAAAAGCGCUACCAGACUUUCCCCUUCGAGCGCAAGAAGGGAAAUGUCAUCAAACACACCGCUCUGGUGGAGAAAUACCCGGAUCAAAACAACGGCUUUCUGAGCGACGUGAAGGGUGGGGAGCGAGCGGCAAGGUGUGACGGGCGGGUGCAGCAGACCCGAGUGUUGCUCCACACUACGCCGCAGUGCAGCGACGCAAAGGACUUAUGCGCCGGGCCAGACUGCUCGGAUGGAAAACUCUGCCCCGAUCCAUCAGAUACGGUUUUGGAUCAGUCAGACUCAAGGAGAGACGCCAAUGUCCCGGGGAGUGGGGCCAAGCACAAAGGAUUACCCAGUGAGAGCGAGGCAGGGGCAGGCCAGCAGCCCAACUGUGCCUCCUCGACUACGCCGACACAACCUCUGCAGGUCAGGGGUGACUGUUCAAAGAUUUCCGGCCCUAUUGCAUGGACGUCUUUGACACAAGUGGAAUGCCUGGAGAGUCCCUCAGGGAGCUGCAAACGCAAAAAAGACACGGCGCAGCUGAACGGAUUGCAGGCGCGGUCUCAGGCUUUGCCUCAUUCGGCGAGCUGUGCUUCCCAGGCCCACAUACAGGCCCACUGUCACAGUGGCCAAAACUUGGGCACCGCAGAGACCAGGCAGGGCACACGGGGGCAGAUGAUCGCUCUCCCCGGGGCCGAUGGGAAUGCGAAAGCCAGGCUUCAAGCCAUGGAGGCUCUGAUCAGCUCCAGUCAAGAAACCAUCAAAGUGCUGCUGGGGGUCAUUCAGGAGCUGGAAAGAGGAGAAGCACAGCGAGAGGGACUGUCAUAUCGAACUGGGCAGGAUACAGCCAACUGUGACACGUGUCGUAACAGUGCCUGCAUCAUCUACAGUGUGGAACUAGAUUUUAAACUUCAAGAAGACAAACUGCAGCCCUUAAUGAAGAGACUGUGUCCAUUAGAAGAGCCGUCCUACCCGUCUCUGCCUUACACACAUGAAGUGUUCACCUCCACACCCAAACGUAAGUCCAAGACUGAGUCCAAGAAGCACGCUCGAUGGAAACUCUGGUUCCUCUAACAUAUGGAUUCAGGAAACCUUAAACCAUCAGGCCACCACAACAAGCAAAUUCUAGUGGAAUUCUGCUUUACUAAAUGGAUAAACAUGGAGAAAUGCUCACUGCUAGCCACCGUUUUGGAACCUGCGUCAUUGGGAUCCAUUUAGCGACUGGAUUUUUAUAAGGAAUAACAGUUGUUUUCUAACCAUGACCCUCUGAUAAACCCUCUGAGUUUGGGAACUGCUGAAUUCACCUGAUCUCACGUUUUCCAAAGGGAUUACACAAUGAUCCUUAGAUUUAGACAAGUUAGCAAGGUAAGAGAGCAGGGGUAUUUGUAGAUGCAGUGUGUGUAUGUGUGUAUUUUCCAAUGUUUAACUCUGAGAUCUCUCUCUCCUUUCUACACUUAUCCUGUUUUAUUUAGGAUCCCCGCAGAGGCGACAAGAAACUUCAAAGCUAAAUGAUAGUUUGCCACAAAACUACUUUGGAGCCGUACAUCAAAGACAUCUAAUCAGCAAAGCACAAACUUUUGAGAGUUAUAAAGUAGAUUUGAUAGCUGAGAUAUACCUCUGUCUCUAACUUUCUUGCUUUCUUUCUUUCGAAAGACUCUCACCUGAAAAUUGGUUAUCUUUCAAUGACAAAAUAAAUUAAGUUAUACCUAGUGAGUAAAAGCAGAAGCAGUGGACGGCAUGCAGUAAUAUUCGAUGACUUUGUAGAGAUUUUUUUCCUGAAAAAUGCUGAGGAGAAAUGUUGAGGAUGUGCAAUUAGUAUGUCAGAAAAGGUUAGGCUGUAAAUGUAUAAAUGAAAAUGGGUUUACACAGUCGCUGUUAAAAAAAGUAGAAAAAUGUUUUAUGAAACUGUGAAUUGUCUUUAAUUUAUAUAGAUUUCUGCAUCAAAUAAUGGGCCAUAAGAAAAAAAUUGGGCCAUGAGAAAUGAAAUUAACAGUGUUGCAGUGUUUCAGGCCUGAAAAUAUUUUCUUGGGAAUAUGACGCUGUAUUUACAGGAUAAACAUGAAACCCAGGUCAGUUUUUCAGUAAAUAUAUUUUUCAGACUCAUAAAGAUGCUUGAGAAUAUGACUAAAUUGGCUGGAAAUUGGUUACAUAUAAUAUGUCCCAUGAUGAAAAAGUAUGAGAACACCGUAAAUCUAUUUAGAUAAACAUUGUUUCGUGUUAUAUGGUGGAAAGUGCACAACUUCAGAACACAAAACAAUAGAUAUAACCUCUAUCCUAUAGCACACACACACUCUGUUCGAGCUGACGUGUCAUUUGCUCAAUUAAAUUUGAAUAUGAUGGCAGUCAAUCACUGAAAUCUUGUGCUUGUUUGCCCACCUAAAGCAAUGUAAUGAAACAAUCACAACACACAAUUUGGGAAGUAUAAUAAAGCAGGUUACAUAUAGAGGGCUAUGUAUAUACAAUCUGUGCUUAGCAUUUAUUUAGCUUUAAACAGUGUUUGUAUUAGAUAUUCACAAGUCAAAUGUCUUCAACACGUUCACUACAGUGCCAAACACUGUAUUUAGCUGGUAGCCCAAGAACCUUCAUACUUGAAGGACAUUUUGAUAACUAUAUGUUAUAUAUUUAAAACUAAUAAUAUGUUGGUCACUAAACAAUAUCUUCUUGUUUAAUUGGAGCACAGUACCUGCAUAACGUAUUCUUGUAGCAUAACACAGAUGCAUCAUUAUUAUACCUUGAGAAAGUGCAAUUGAUUUCUAUUGUGCAAUAUUACAUUUUAUACAAUUUCUACCCACAGUGCAUUUACAAUAAAGAAAUUGAUGCAAAAUA